AUGUAUCCAGGAUGCGGUCAAUAUCUAAUUGAAGCUUAUGAAGACGCGACCGAGGAAGCAUAUUCCUACUUGUUAAUAGAUUUGCACCCUCAAACUGAAGAUAAAUAUAGAUUACGUGCAAAAAUAUUUCCAGAUGAGCGGCAGGUUUUUUACGUUAAAAAGUGAAGAUUUUGUGUGCCCCAGUUAUUUUGCCAUGUCUGUUCAUAUGACAAGGAACGUUCACGUCCUUAAGGUUUUACAUCAAGCAAAACCGAAGCUGCGUAAAGCAAUGUUAAAACAUUUAGAGCCAAGUUGCAUUAAGGCAAUCUGUGAUUGUGUAUUGAAUAUUUUAAAGAGUGUAGUUAAAAUGUCGCCAGUUCAAAAGAGGAAGCUAGCUAGGCACAAAGAUCAUUUAAGGGUGCUUGUCAAGAAAGGUACACCAUUGAAGAAGCGACGGCAAACGAUUGUUCAAAAAGGGGAAGGCUUUCUUACUUUAGUGUUGGGACCUGUUUUAAAAGAACUAGCGUUGCUCCUAUAAUAGAGACAUGAAGCAUUCAACAAAAAUGAUUCUGAUACCGGAAAAUAAUUUGGAUAAUUACUUACGUCAGCAACGCUUAACGACUCCACCGCUGUCGCAAAAAUGGCGCAAUUAGAUAGUGAAAUGAAAGCUAUUUUUGACAAAAAUGACACUUCCCAACAUGAAAAAGCAAAGCUCUACAGUCAAAUAUUAGAGAACUAUCUUCAUUUCAAAAGGAAACGAAAUGUCGAGGUCACAAAACCAGUACCUAUAGCAUUUGCGGGGGAUGUGGAAAAAAUGCAGCGGCAAGUGUUCCCAGUACACUGGAGGUGA